CUCCUCCUCCAUCAGACAGGCUGCUGCUGCUGAGGAUACACUCACACACAUACAUACUCAGCCAGAGGAAUUAUGCCCUGCCCAGCAGUGGCUUUGCCUGUUUGAUGAGGUGACCUAUGCAUACCAAGUGGCUGUAAAUCCGGGGAUAUCCCCGUGUUUUUUGUUUAGCAUGAGCAUGGAAGAUUAUGACUACCUGUUCAAAAUUGUUCUGAUAGGAAAUGCUGGAGUUGGGAAGACAUGUCUCGUCCGGCGCUUUACUCAGGGCCUUUUCCCACCUGGACAAGGGGCGACUAUUGGAGUAGAUUUCAUGAUUAAAACCGUGGAAAUCAAAGGGGAGAAGGUCAAGCUGCAGAUAUGGGACACAGCUGGACAGGAGAGAUUUCGCUCCAUUACUCAGAGUUAUUACCGUAGUGCCAAUGCCCUCAUUCUUACGUAUGACAUUACCUGUGAGGACUCCUUCAGGUGCCUUCCAGAGUGGCUGAGGGAGAUUGAGCAGUAUGCCAACAACCAAGUGGUGACUAUAUUAGUCGGUAAUAAAAUAGACCUGGCAGAGAAGAGAGAGGUUCUCAGACAGAGGGCUGAAGACUUCGCCGAGGCUCAGAGCAUGCUGUAUCUGGAGACCUCAGCCAAAGAGUCCGACAAUGUUGAGAAACUUUUCCUCGACCUGGCUUGUGAACUCAUUCGAGAGGCCAAGCAGAACAAGCUGGAUAACAAUGACACUGCCCCAAUGCCCGGCGAGGGUAAAACCAUUAGUUACUUGAGCUGCUGCAGCCUCAAUUAGGGAGAGCUCAGCCUUGUGGCUGCGGUAACUCAGUAGCCAUUGACUGUAGAGGGCAGAUGGCCGAGCCCCAACGCCUCCGUCCCUCUAAGAUGGCAUGAAGCCACUUCCUAGUCCUGUCAUUUCUAGUCCCAUGCCUUUUUUAAGCUGUACAAGGGAGUUAGUCAACUUUAGUUUGGCCUUCCAGGAUCAAGCAUUUUAAGAUGCUGCCAUUAUGGAGAACAGGACAUGAAGUAUGUCUGCCUGAUGCAUCCAGGAAUCUGAGUAGGGCUCCAUUUUAUCCUCUUCAUGGUGAAAUGGCAAAAAUGAUAAUUUAUGGGUUUUAGGGUCCAUUUUCAUUCAGCAUCAAUAUUCACCAGCAGUAUUACGUGAGUAAAAAGUUCAGCCAGGUAUUUUGUUACAGAAUUCGCAGAGCUGACAACAAGUGUCAUUAUCAUUGAAAGUUAUCAGUAAAUGGUAACAAUAUGUUUACAUAUAGUACAUUUCUGGGGGUCUGAUAAAGUUGCAAAAAAAAGAAAAAGUUUUGCAGACUUCAAUCUGUUGCACAAUCAUUCAUUUCCCGAUAAUUUCUUCUGCUCUGAGAAUUGCAUAAAAUUUUACUAACACUCAUAAUCUCAUGUCUGAGUAGUCAUUUGCACCUGUCGUUACAAACUGUGAAAUAUUUGUUUCCAGUAGAUGAUUUUUACUUGCUGCUAAAAUAUGUUUUUUUUGUCCCAUAAACAAGUAUAAAUACUACAUUGAAGCAGUAUUGUGUGAUGCCAUUUUUUUUUUCAGCGUACCUGCUGUGCUUGCGAUUAGUUGGUUGAUAUAAUAUGAAGCAGUUGGAAAGGCCUCAGAUGUUGUCAUAAGUAGAAAUUAUGAAGUCUAAUCAACUGACUUUUUUUUUUUUUGACUGUCAGCAGUUUCUUUUAUCCAUAGACGUGAAUAUUUCUGCCUUCGUUGUUGCUGCCUAGCCAUGAAAUUGUACCACUUUUUUAUUUGUUCGAAGGGGUAUGUUCAUGUAGUUCCGUAUGACUUGUUGUGCUUCAUAUGCUUUUAUUGUGAAAGUUCUCAAUUGUCCAGCAUGUUUUUUGCCAUAAUUUGUAGUGUCUAACUUUAUCUUUCAUAUAUUUGCCAUAACUGUAAUGUACUGUAUUGCACAAUGCCAUAUACUGCACACUUAUUUUUAUUGUAACAUGUUGUCUUUUGUUGUACAGACCCGUAGUACAUCUUGGCACUUUGCGUUUAUACUUUUUAUUAUUUUCAGUAAUCCUUUGUACAACUGGCGAGCCUGUUGUUUUGCCUUUUACCUAUAGAUUUAACAGCAGUUAGGCUACUUAUUGUUAAUCCUUUGCAUCUUCUUGUCAACACAAUAUGGGAAAUACAAAGGAAAACACUAUCGGGAUGUUGUGCUUUUUUUCCCCUUUCCUUUUAUGUGUACAAAAUAAUCCAGAAAAAAAAAAUACCCUGUAUAACAUUAAAUAAUUACACUAAAU